UCCUCAGACCCCAGGUAUCAUAUAUGAUACCUGAGGAUUUAAUUUUUUUUUCGGCGCGCAGAAGCAACUAGCCACCAGUUCCCGAUGGUAUCAUAAAUGAUACAUAGCCAAAUAUGCGCACACAUUUUUAUUUCGCCGACGCACGCUGUAGUGGUGAGGUUAGGUUAGUGUAUUGUUUACAUUUGCAAGUGCACGUUGCAUCAUUAUGCCUUUUGACCAAAAUAAGAGGGCCUUAACCAGCUUCGAGCUAGAAGAAUUAGUUCUUAAUCUGGACCUAGACCAAUCAGAUAUCGGCGAUUUAUCAUCGGAGAGUGGGGAUGAAGUAGAUGUGGACUUUUAUCUCUAUGAAGGAAAAGGAUCAUCUGUCGAAUCAUCGCUAUUUAAAACACCAGAAAAACUAGACGUAGGUAGCAGAAUGGUGCUGGAGCUGACCGAAACUUUGCCGAUAGGAGUAUCAGUGUAUACUGACCGUCAUUUUACUUCAAUAUCUUUGAUUGAUGUUCUUUUGUCAAGACAAAUAACUUUGGCUGGUACAAUAAUGGCUUCUAGAAUUCCCAAAAACGCAAUUCCGCAAACUGAUAAUUAAUUUAAAAAAUUGGGUCAUGGAUCACAUGACUCAC